AUGGGUAAAGUGUCCCCUAAAGAGAAAAUGUCAAAGACAUCAAAGCAGAAGAGGCGUAAUCAUGGUUCUAACAAGUACUUGAAGCCAGGUGCUCUUGCUCAGCUCCGUAAUAGCAAGGCCUCAGCAUCAAAGUCAUCUACAGAUAUUUCAAAGAACAGUGUUGAUGUUAUGGAUGAAGAGAAGACUCACAGAGCUCCUCUUUUUCAGAGUAAACAUGCAAAUGAUACCCCUAUAAUUUUAUCCCCUGAAAAGUUCAGCUAUAGUAAUGUGGCUGGACCAGUUGAUUUGCUCAAAGAGAAUAAUUUACAAAGAACACCCAAAACUCCACGCCCUGAAGGAAAUGUAUCAGAUUAUGACUCCAGACUCGAAUCUCUCCCAAUGGAAUUGCUGGUCAAAAUACUCUGCCACUUGCACCAUGAUCAACUAAGAGCUGUUUUUCAUGUCUCUGAAAGAGUCCGAAAGGCUGUUGUUAUAGCUCGACAAUUCCAUUUCAACUACACAACACCAGAUAGAUCUAGACAAGAAAUGUUGUGCACAUCAACACCAUUACCUACUGAACAUUGGCCUUUUGUGAGCAAGGGAGAUGGAAAAGGCAAAGUUUUGACACUACCCAACACCCCAAAAGCACCUAGGCAUGGACCCCGCCCUCCAUCCCGCCUAAAACUAACUGAAAUGCGCCAAAUUGCAGCAGUUCUGUUUCAAGAAUCAGCAUUUCCUCCUCCCAGAUACAUUGUUCCAUCUCUUUUACCAAAACCAAUCUGCAAAUCAUUUGCUUCAAAUCGGGUAUUGUUCUAUGAUGAAGAGCUUGAGCUUUGCCAGGCUGUCGCUCAGAAUAAGCUUCGUUAGUCAGUCUUCUUCAUUUGGGGCCUUCUUUUAUGUACAGUAGUACCCCCUCCCCCCCCCC